AUUCACAUUUUUAGUAGACAGCGGUGCCGUUGCAGCACGAUAAGCAACAGGCGCAGCCGCCGUUGCAGCACGAUAAGCAACAGGCGCAGCCGCAGCCGUCAGCAUGGCCGCCGGCGAGAAGACGCCGCUCACCCGCGACGUCGAGCUCGGCGGCGGCGGCAAGGCGGCGGUGCGCACGCGCCUGCGCAUCGACAACGCCUGCUGCGAGGCCGAGGCGACGCUCGCGAAGAAGACGCUGCACGCCAUCGCCGGCGUCGACAAGGUCUCGGUCAACGUCGUCGGCCGCAUCGCGUACGCGACGCACCGGCCCCACCUCGUGGGCGCGCAAGCCCUGGCCGACGCCCUCAACGAGCACAACCUCGGGGCGUCCGUGGCCGCCGCGCCCGAGGCCGCCGAUAACGUUGAGGAGCCCGUCGAUUACAAGGAGCUCGCGUUCGUCGCCGCGUUACUCCUCGGCCUGGCCCUGGGCUAUGUUAUUCCAAGCCUCCUCGUCGUCGUCGCCGUCGGCGGGGCCGUCCCCCUCGCCCGGGACGCGGUGCGCGGCGCGUGGCUCCAGAAGCGGCUCGACGUGAACGCGCUGAUGCUCUGCGCGGUCCUCGGCGCGCUCGCGCUGAAGGACACGGGCGAGGCCGCGACGGUCGGCGCCGUGGCGGCCUUCGCGCGCUUCGCCGAGGCCGAAUGCUUGCGGCGCGUGCGGAACGCGCUCGCGGACGCGUCGGCGAGCGAGGGCGCGCAGGUCAGGGCCACCAAGGGCGACGGGACGGUCGUCGACGCCGAUUCCCUAAUCGUGGGCGACGUCGUCAUCGUGCGCGCCGGCGAGCGCGUGCCCUGCGACGGCGUGGUGGUGAGCGGCAAGGCGGCAAUCGACGAGUCGGCGCUGACGGGCGAGCCGCUGCCCGUCCACAAGGCAAAGGGCGAGUCCGUCUCCGGGGGCACGGUCGCGACGAACGGCUUCGUCAAAAUUAAAGUUUCGGCGACGCGCGCAGAGGACGCCGCCGCGGAGCUCCGGAGGCUCGUCGACGAGGCCCAGGCCUCGUCGACGCGCACGCAGGAGGUGCUCCAGGAGUUCGCCGCGUACUUCACGCCGGGCGUGCUGGUCGCCGCUAUGCUUGUCGCGCUCGUCGUCUCCUUGCAGCGGGCGCUCGUGCUGCUGGUCGUCGCGUGCCCGUGCGCGCUCGUGCUCGCGGCGCCCGUGCCCGCCGUCGCGUCCAUCGGCGCGGGCGCGCGGCGCGGUAUACUAGUAAAGGCGGCGUCCGCCCUCGAGGCGCUCGCCCAGGUAUCAAUUGUGUGCGCCGACAAGACGGGCACGCUCACGCAGGGCCGCUGCCGCGUCGUCGCGGCGGGCGGGCCCUCUGGGAAAGAUGCCCUGCGGCUGGCGGCGUCGCUCGAGGCCAAGUCCACGCACCCGCUGGCGGCGGCCGUCGUGAACGAGGCCGUCGGGUGUGUGGGAGAGGACGUCGCGGGCGGCGGCAGCCUGGCCGAGGACGUCAGGGACGUGAACGUCGUCGCCGGCGCGGGCAUGGCCGGCACGGUCGAGGGCCGCGCCGUGAAGGUCGGCAAGGCCGCGUUCUGCGGCGUGACCACGGAAGAUUGGGCGCCCAAACACCCCGGCGCGACGUUGGUGUGGGUGGCCGUCGAUGACAUACCGUCGCUGUGCCUGGCGAUCGUCGACCCGCUGCGGGCCGAGACGCCGCGCGCGUUGCAGACCAUGUUCGGCAUGGGGCUGCGCGUCGCGGUGCUGACCGGCGACACGCCCGCCGCGGCGCGCGCGGCCCUGGAGGCGACGAAGAUCGACACGGCGCGCGUCGACGUGCGGGCCUCGUGCGCGCCGCCGGACAAGCUGGCCUACGUGAACGCGUGCAGGGAAGGGGGCGCGGGCGUCCUUUUCGUCGGAGACGGCGUCAACGACGCGCCGGCGCUCGCCGCGGCGUCCGUGGGCGUCGCCAUGGGGGCCGGCGGCACGGCCAUGGCCGUGGACGCCGCGGACGUCGCGCUCAUGACCGACGACGUGGCGCUCCUGCCGGCGGCGAUCGACCUGGGCCGGACGUGCACGCGGCUCGUGAAGCAGAACAUCGGCAUCGCGGUGGGCGUCAAGGCCCUGGUCGUCGUCUGCGCGCUGGCCUUUGAUUUGGCCCUCUGGGUGGCCGUGCUCGCGGACCUGGGGAGCCUGCUGCUCGUCGUGGCCAACGGGUCGCGGCCCCUGCUCGACGCGGCGCCGGCGCCGCCCCCGGCGGAGACGCUCUACCAGGCGACGAUGUCUCCGGUGGUCGCGGAGGCGCCGAGGGAGCCGGCGACGCUCUACCAGGCGACCCAGCAGACGCCUCCCCGAGCGCCGUCGCCGCCGCCGGGCGAGUUUGUGGUCUACUACGCGGCGUGGUCGCAGCCGUCCAUGCUCGCCAAGGCGGCGCUGGAGGCGGCGGCCGCGGCGCGCGGCGGGUCCGUCAGGGCUGUCGACGUCGACGACGACAGCGACGACGAGGCCGGCGCCCACGGCGUGGCCGAGGUGCCGAUGGUCGCGCGCGUCAGGGGCGGCGCCGUCCAGGCCAAGCUCGUCGGCGCCGCGUGCAGCGCCUCGGCCAUCGGCGCGCUCGUCCGCGGCUGAUGCGAGCUCUCCUUCGAGCCGAGAAAUUCGCAGCUCCCCCACCCUCCCGCCUUAACGUGUCUUGUUGAGCG